AUGGAUUUCAAUCCAUUUCAGGACUCGGCAAAUUUUGUUGACUUACUUAAUAGUCAACAAAAUGUUGUCUUUGGCAGUCAAGGAAGUGUUUCACUCUCUUCCUCGCAACCCCCGUUCGUAGCCAGUCAACAUAACGACCUUCCAGCUGAGCGUAAGGAACGGAGGACGUGGACGGUCACAGAAGACAUAGUGCUUAUUAGUGCGUGGUUGAACACGAGCAAAGAUCCGGUUGUAGACAAUGAGCAAAGGGGAUACUCUUUCUGGAUCAGAGUAGCAACAUACUUCUCGGCUAGUCCCAAGGUUGCUGAGAGUGAUAAAAGAGGGCGUACUCAAUGCAAGCAACGUUGGCACAAGCUGAAUGAAGCAGUUUGCAAGUUUUGUGGGGCGUAUGAAGCAGCAACCAGAGAGAAAAGCAGUGGUAUGAAUGAUAAUGAUGUUCUUAAAUUAGCCCACAAAAUCUACUUCAACAAACAUAGAAAGAAGUUCAUACUUGAACAUGCUUGGAACUCUCUUUGCAAUGACCAGAAGUGGUGUCAACUCUUUACAGAGAAAAAUGAUAGCAGCUCCAAAAGGAGGAAGUUUGUGGAUGGUUCACAUUCUGUAAGCUCUCAGAUGAAUGAAAAUGAUGCUGCUGUAGAUGGUGAUGAAGGUCGUCCCUUGGGUGUUAAGGCGGCAAAAAGGCAUGGGAAGAAGGCGGUCGUUGAGGGGAAGGAGCGGGAAGAUUUUGAUCAUAUGUGGGAACUGAAGAAGGAGGAUUUGAUCCUGAAGCUAUCGCUCUCGAAGAUGAACCUACUUUCCCAACUUUCUGCAAGACAAGGAAACCUAGACGAUACAGAAGAAGUUCUGAAGAAGAAGCUCAUAGAAGCGUUGGUGUCUGCAGGGAUCUAA